AUGAUACAGGUUUAUACGGAAUUUGCAUGAGGAAGACAGAAGGAGAGGAAACUUACCGAGAGCCAUGACGGAGCCAACGUCAGAGACCACCGGUCAUCACCGUCGGCCACCAUCUUCACCACCAUUAUCCGAACACCACCGGAGGUCGCAGCCAUCAUCGUCGGAGCUUCCGAUCUGCCGCCGCAAGCUCAAGCCGUGAGGAUUGAGAGUGCACCUCUGUGUUUCUUGCGCAGCAAGCAACCCAUCUCCACCAUUGACGAUGUCACGUCCGUUUCAUGUUCCGAUCAGCUUUUAGGCUAA